AUGAGGACGACGUGCAGCCGGAACAAGUGUGCGGCGUGCUACCGCGAAUUCAACCGGAUGGACCACCUGGUGGAGCACAUGCGUCUCUCGCACCAUUCGGCGCAUGAGCCACGGUGCGGCGUCUGCGGCAAGCACUGCCGCUCCCUCGACGCCCUCCGCGACCACCUCGGAUUCGGCAGCGUCCUCCCCAAGGCCGGCUGCGCGAGUGUCUUCAAGGCCCGCGGCUGCCAGCUCUGCCUCGCCGUCUUCCCUGCCUCUGGCGCCCUCCGUGCCCACCGCGCCGCCUGCCAGCUCUCCAGCGCUCCGACGCAAAGCCAGCUCACCCGAAGUGCGGUGGCGCUGGGGUGCAAGAUGGUGGGUGGCGGCAGCGACGGGACACUGGACGUGCGCGCACGCGUCUGCCUCAUCGACGAGCACGAGAACAUCCUCUACGAGUCCUUCGUGAAGCCGCUCAUCCCAGUGACGCACUACCGGUACGAGAUGACGGGGAUCCGCCCCGAGCACCUCCGCGACUCCAUGGCUGCCACGGUGAAGCAGGCUCGGAAGCGCGUGGAGGACAUCCUUCUCAAUGGCGAGGAUCCGUGGAAGAUCCGCACGGCACGCGGCGGCGCGAGAAUCCUGGUUGGCCACGGGCUGGACCAUGAUCUCAACGGGCUGGGCAUGGACUACCCGGCGUACCUGAAGCGGGACACGGCGACUUACCCGCCGCUGAUGAAGACGAGCAGCAGGCUGAUGAGCAACUCGCUCAAGUUCCUCACGAAGAGCUGCCUCGGGUACGAGAUACAGAACGGUGGGCACCAGCACCCUUACGACGACUGCGUGGCUGCGAUGCGGCUGUACAAGAGGAUGCGCGCGCUGAGGCAUGGCCUCAAGGGGGAGGUGAAGGGGUGCGUGGGGCCGCCGGCGGCGAGCGUGGCGGAGGCGUUCCCAGCGUGGAGGCAGCGGGAGCUCGAGCGCAUGUCACCGGAGGAGCUUCUGAGGAUGUCCAAGCCCGACUAUCGCUGCUGGUGCUUGGACGACGUCUAG